AUGUACAGCUGCAUCUCCUCCCGCCGCCGACGUCGUCGCGGCCAGCAACCCUUCCACGGGACCGGCUGGGCUGCUCAACCACCCUUCUGGCAACAGGGUCGGCAGCAGAACCAAUAUCAGUAUCCCAGUGCUCCCCCACCCCAGUAUACCCAGGGGAACUACUACGCACAAAAACCAACCCCUUUCGGCGGCCAGCAAUAUCCACCACAGGAACAGGGUGUCGAGCUGCAGCCUCCGCAAAAUGUUUAUCGAGCCGGUGAACAGGUCUAUCAAGCACCAGUUGGUCCUCCUCCUACGAUGAACAAGUAA